UCGGUUGAGUCGUCGGGUUGAGGAGGAGUGCGGUUGGAGUGCGAGAGGGUCGCGGCCGCGAUGAUCUGACAGAUGAAAUAGCAAAAAAGAGAAAGAGAAGGCGGGCGUCCUCCAAACAAAACAAUGUUCCCCAAAGGCAAAGGGACCCCGGUGCCGUCGGACAGCCAAGCACGAGAAAAGUUGGCUCUUUACGUGUAUGAGUAUUUGUUACACAUAGGGGCACAGAAGUCUGCACAGACCUUUUUAUCAGAGAUCCGAUGGGAGAAAAACAUAACACUUGGUGAACCCCCUGGAUUCCUGCAUUCAUGGUGGUGUGUUUUCUGGGACUUGUAUUGUGCUGCACCAGAGAGGAGAGAGACAUGUGACCACUCCAGCGAAGCAAAAGCUUUCCAUGAUUAUAGUGCAGCAGCAGCUCCCAGCCCCGUGAUGGGAGGGAUGCCCCCUGGUGAUGGCAUGCCAGGGGGCCCAAUGCCACCUGCCUUUUUCCAGGGUCCUCCUGGUCCCCAGGGCUCUCCUCACCCUCAGCCUCCUCCCCCUAACAGUAUGAUGGGACCUCACAGUCAGUCUUUCAUGUCGCCUCGCUUUGCUGGAGGCCCAAGAGGUCCACCCAUCCGGAUGGCCAGCCAGCCACCCGGCGGAGGACCAGGUCCUCAUCCCAUGCUGCCCAACAUGGACCCCACACGGCCACAAGGUCAUCCUAACUUGGGGCCAAUGCAGAGAAUGAGUGGCCCUCGAGGAAUGGGGCCUAUGGGGCCUGGCCCUCAGAACUUUGGUGGUGGGAUGAGGCCUCCACACAACACCAUGGGUCCUGGCAUGCCAGGAGUGAACAUGGGCCCAGGAACGGGUCGGCCAUGGCCCAAUCCCAACAAUGCCAACUCUAUGCCUUACUCAUCACCCUCUCCUGGUGCAUACGGGGGGGCAUCUGGAGGUGGAGGGCCUCCUGGCACUCCCAUCAUGCCCAGCCCCGCAGACUCAAACAACUCUGGUGACAAUUUAUACACCAUGAUCAACACUGGACCUGGCAACCGGAAUAAUUUCCCUAUGGGCCCAGGCUCUGAUGGACCCCUGGGAGCCAUGGCUGGGAUGGAACCACACCACAUGAAUGGAUCACUAGGUUCUGGUGAUAUGGAUGGAAUGAACAAGAAUUCCCCAAACAAUUUAAGUGGCAUUAGCAAUCCUCCCGGGACCCCGAGGGAUGACGGGGAGCUGAGUGGAAACUUCCUCCACUCCUUUCAGAGCGAGAACUACUCUCCAACCAUGACGAUGAGUGUGUGACCCCCUCCCCCUCUUCACCCGACCCGAUUUGCCAUCAUUCCGAGGAUCUGAAGUCACUGUAGGACAUGGCCAAACACAUCAGCACCAAAUCAGGGACAGGCGCCAUUUUGGUUCCACACUAACGCCAGAAUGCUGAUUGGGGGACAAAAACAAAACAAAAAAAUCUAAAUGGCUGGCUAACUACUGCUCCUUGCUCAAAAUGAAGGACAAUUACACCAUUUAUCACAACCCCUGUGUGAGAAACCAGCUACUGAAAUGCAUAAAUGACACGUUUUAUGUUCUUUGCAGAACCUCCUGACCCCGCUCAGUCCUCUCAGCCUCUUUAAUCCUAGUGCGAAGAGAAAAAGGUUGGAAGUUUACCUCUUGUACUUUUUAAUGAUUGCUUUGUGGUGCAAGAUGUGCAGGAAAUAUCUGCUUUUGUCACUUAAAACACUGGAGAGUUUGCAUACGCAUUGUGAGCUUGGAAAGUCUCUGUCUUGUCAUUUUACUUAUCGCCAUGCAUACAGUGUCACAGAAAUGGGUUGACACAGGACUGAGGAUUUGUCUUUUACUCUGUGGCCACCUUUCUGAAUAAUGUAUUACUCUGCCCAAUGCCCACCUUUCUAUUUAAAGAGACUUAAAAAUGGAAACGAUGUGAAAGAAUAUGGCUUUUAUUGUGACAGCCUUUUGCAGCGGUGUUGUUACAGUGUCACAUUGAUCCAGAUUGAUCAGUCUCUCAAGCCCUUUUCAGACAUGGGAUUUUUAACAUUGCCGCCUUCAUCAGUCCCUCAAAGCGAUGGCAUUCUGUUAGGCUUUGGUCACUUUUACAUCAGUGUUCCUCGCAGCUUUAUUCAGACGUAACCAUGACAGUUGCAAAGAGAGCCACGGUAUGUGAGAUAUUCACCAUAUGUGCAAAAGAAUUGUCGCAUUCGUGGCAGUGAGCAUUAGGCAUCUAGUGAAGUGUAGCCACACUGUUGAACGUUUAACUCGAUGUGACAUUUUUACCAAGAUCAGGGUCUGUGUGUGUGUGUGUGUGUGUGUGUGCAUGUGCGCGAGUGUGUGCGUUCUGCCACAGCUGCCCCUGCCCUUUGAACACAGACUCUCUCUUCUGCAUGGGGAAUAUGCACUGCAUUAGAGAGCGGCCUUUUCACCUUACUGAAAAUGAAAAAUAGCUUCCGAUGAGAUAAAACCUCACGUCAUAUUUUAUUGCUGUUUGGGGCAAUCUCUACAUCAAAGAUGGACGAGAGAUAUGGGCAGUCAUAAUCCUGUGCAUCGGUUAAUGCAUUCAGACAUGUGCCAAGUUGAAAGUGCUAGGUCGGACCUAGUUCGAGAUUUCCGUCGCAAUCUUUGCAGAAAAGUGACCGGGGCGCCCGUUCGGGUGCGAAGCCGACGCGUUCGCGGGUGCUGUCAGAUUAAUGGAAAAGGACUGCAUGUCUGAAAGGGGCUUUGUUGUUGACAGUUUGCUACUCUGCCACUCUUGGCUGUUUAAACAGCUGGACUGCUGCCGCGUGCUGUCAAGGGAAGCCAGACUUUGGCACAAAAAGUGAGUGCAUGAGUGCUGAGAAUCUGUGUACAACAUACUACCUAGUGCUGCUCUUCUCUAUGUGGACACCUGCUUUAAGAUGUGGUGUAUAUCUCUUUACCUGCCUGUGCUUAACACUCUGUGCGCUUCAUCGUCAUAGCCUUCUGUGUUACUUCCAAUUUGGUUGAUGGAUAUAUGGAUGAGUUGCCCAUUUUAAUCUCUCACACAUACUGGUUAACACUUCCUUCCUGUAUCACUGGUCGUCCCUUUGGUCCUGCCCGUCUCUUGCCCAUCCGCAUAUUUUUUUAUAUUUUGAUACAAACUUUGACUACAUAUAUUGCCCCAGUUAUUCAGUUAGUCAAAGCUUUCUAAACUGAUUCUAGUAGGCAUCAUUAUAAACUUAGCCGCAGUCUUGUAAAUGUGAUGAGAAUUUUUGUUUCAUUUUUUCCCCUGUGAACAUUAUGCAUUAUACACAUCUGUCCUAUGUUGCCUUUAUUUGCUGAUAUUUUUUUAUUUCAAAUUGAGGAAAGAUUGCUUGUUAAUAUAAUUUUACAAUAACUUAUCUCACCGUGUGGGCUGUUUUUGUUUUCACCGUGCAUUAAUAUUAGAGUAACUCAGGUUUGAAGAUACUGCUGAAGCUGUGGACAAAUAAACGCUUACAUUAGAAAAUGAGUUAUCCACAAAAAGUGUUGAACUGUAAGUGCUGUGUUACCACUUGUGUACCUUCUAUUUAUCAAAAAUGCCAAGAUUACUAGCACAGAUUAACGUCCUGUGUCUUUAAAAUGGAGUUGUCAUCACAUCUUGCUUGCAGUCAGUGCACAGACCAGUGGUGGCUUCGCUAAUCGGUGCUUUCACUAAAGCUAGAGGGUGCUGUAGUCAACAGGUACCAGAACAACAAGAGGAAGUCCAGAGGGAGCCUUUGACUCAAAGGAAACUGCAGCUCUGGCUCAACGGCUGUGCAUGAAAGAUGAGGGACAAAUCGUUUCAGCUGUUGACAUCAGUGGGUUUGGGACAGUCACCGGCUCAGUUCUGUUACAGUUUGUUCCAUGUAGCAGAAAUAACAGUUUAAAAGGUGCAUGUAGGAAAUAUUUUACAUUUUCUUUGAACUGUGUAACUGUGGUUCACAGUGGGGAUUGCUGUCAGUCUACACUGUAUGACAACAAAUCUUUACUCUGCAGAAAACAAUCACAGCCAAAGAAACACUUGAAGAGCAGCUGAGAUUGUGGAGGCCUCAAAGAUGCACUGAGUUAUUUGGACGAUGUAACCUUAAAGAUUAUAGGGUGAUUUCUAAAGUUAUGUCAGUAGCUUUACGUCGCAUCAUGAAUGUUUAUCCUUUGGAUUCAUUCGUGACUGUCAGUACAGUAAGAGUAAAUUUAAGCUGCAAACAGCCACCUUCACGCCAUUUACCACCAUAUAACAAUUUACCUUCAACAGUUUUCAACCCACAACUUACCCUUUGCUGGGAGAUCGUCAAGCUUCGUUUCACGGCGUAAUGGUGAGUGGCUCCAAAGGGUCUUUAUAGUUUCGUUUUAGACGUCUGUGUUUAUUUUAGCCGGGAUCUAUUUAUUGCCACCUGCUGGAGGAGGCAGUCGGAGCCACUGAAAGCUCCGGGAGUUGCCAAGCACAGCUUUCCCCUAAACUCGGAGGACAAGCACACUUUGCUUUUGACAUCAAACUGCUGUUACAAUCACAUGGUGACUCAUUUUUGUUGCACUUCCAUCUUGUAAAUGUUUUUACUUGCAGCUUAAGAAUUUUAAGACAAGUAAAGGCCAGAAGAGCAGCACUUGGAAUCUACAAACGCUUGAUGAAACGUUUUUAUUCUAUUAAAUGUCCUUCACUUUC